CAAGGUGAUACUUUUUAUUUUUCUCCAUUAGGAUGUAUAGGUUCCGAAUUUGCUAUAAAAAUCAUCAUAGUUUAAAAAAAUAAUCCAAUUCAAGCAUUUGUAAGUGUUCUAUUUUUCUUCUCUUACGAAUUCAAGCAUCAAUGUGCAUGGUUCUUUCUUCAUCUAUUUCAUCGCCGUUUGCCACUUCUGAAAGCUCUGUAGUUGCUUUGGUUCUGUUUGUGCUUCUCGUCGUUGUGCCAUUCCAGUACAUACGCAAGAGGAGGCAGUACAAGUGACUUCCUCGUCCAGGCUCCUCAAGUACAGUAACUCAGGCGGGACACCCAGCUCCAGAGUGGCAGCGACCUGGAGUCCGGCAGAGUCCACAGGCUGCAGACACACCAAUUCGCAUAUGAGGAGCUGGAGGAGCGCACCGGCGGCUUCAGCGACACGUGAGAGCUCGGCGGCCAGCGACGGCUUCGGCACCAUGCAUGUACAAAUGAUAACUGCGAGACAGGCGGGUAGUGGUGGUGAAGCGGCUGCACGACAACAGCUGCUGGCACGUGCAGCAGUUCAUGAACUAGGCGACGAUCCUGAACCUCGCCAUCAUCUAUGGAUCCUGUCGCAGCUGCACCACCUGAACCUCGUCAUCUUCUACGGCUGCACGUCUAGCCGCAGCCGUGAGCUGCUGCUGGUGUACGAGUAGAUACCCUGCAGCACCAUGGCCGACCACUUGCACGGCCACCGCGCGGCAGUGCUGCCGCUGCCAUGGUCACUCCGCCUCAAUGUCAUCACAACGCUAGCCUAUCUCCAUCCUAUCGAGCCUCCCAUGGUGCACCGUGACGAGAAGACUACCAACAUCCUCCUCGAUGCCGAAUUCCACGUCAAGGUGGCCGACUUUGGCCUCUCCCAGCUCUUCCCGCUUGACGGCGCCACAAUCCUUUCCACGGCGCCGCAGGGCAUGCCAGGG